ACUACGCAUGUGCGUAAUACAUGACGUCAGAGUCUCGCGUGGUUAGACUUGCGGCUUGGGUAUUUUCUGUAAAAGACGAGGCAAGGUGCUUGCAGUUAACAGCUUAGCAGGAGGUACCGUGAGGAUGCUGGGUGCACGUCUCAUCUAUAAUGCUGCUAAACGACCAGGUAUUCCUCCGGUGUUGUCAAGGUCUCUCAGUCUUGCCUCACAGAUGCAUUCAUACAAAUAUGUUAAUGCUCGAGAGGAGGCAACAGACCUAAAGUCUGUAACUGAUCGUGCAGCCCAGACCUUACUUUGGACAGAGCUUUUUAGAGGUCUAGGAAUGACCCUGAGUUAUAUGUUCCGAGAGCCAGCAACUAUUAAUUACCCAUUUGAGAAAGGUCCUCUAAGUCCACGGUUCCGUGGUGAGCAUGCAUUACGUAGGUAUCCAUCGGGUGAGGAGCGCUGCAUCGCCUGCAAACUCUGUGAGGCAGCCUGCCCUGCUCAGGCAAUUACAAUUGAAGCAGAGCCACGUGCAGAUGGAAGCCGUCGAACUACAAGAUAUGACAUUGACAUGACAAAGUGUAUCUAUUGUGGGUUCUGCCAGGAGGCAUGCCCCGUAGAUGCAAUUGUGGAGGGCCCAAACUUUGAGUUCAGCACGGAGACUCAUGAAGAACUUUUAUACAACAAGGAGAAACUUCUAAAUAAUGGAGACAAGUGGGAAGUUGAGAUUGGAGCAAAUAUUCAAGCUGAUUUCCUUUACCGUUGAAAAUCUGUCCAUACAGCUACUACAGGACACUCAAGCCAAGCCUAUGCAUAUCUGAUAUCUUGUACUAGUGAACAGCAAUCACCUCUAACAUGGUUGUCCUUUAGUAUUACACUUCAGAGUACUUUGUUAAGAAUUUUGUGAAGAAAUAGAGGAACAUAUGUAGAUCUGCAGAUUGCCAUUGUCUUUGUGAAUAUUAAAUUAAGUUCUUGUGUUCAAAUCACUGA